CAUCCCAACCAAUCUUUAUCCACUGGCCUGUGCCUGUGCAUAACACCGCCUGUUAUCGACACUUCAGGUUGAUGACAACAUCCCAGAUCCCCCUCCCCCCUCCCCCCUCCUCAGCUCUUUCCCGUCCCGCGUUUUCGAUACCGCGACUUGGAAAAACAAGACAGGGGGGCAGAUAGGACUGAGGAGUCAUCAGAGCGAAACAAAACGUCACAAGAAACAGAAAGAAGAAAAAAGUCACAAGAAGUCAUAACAAGAAAAGUAAUGGUCGGGUCACCAUGGACCGCGGCAGCAUCCAUCACACUCGCUCACCGUCGCAGUCACAAUACAACUCUCUACAGUACCUGGCCGAACCACCCCACGACCACGGCCACAACCACGACCACCGCUCCCACCAACAGGACCACCAGUCGUACUUCCCCGAACACUCCAGUCCCACGCACCCGUCUGCGCCUGCGCCUGCGCCCGCAUUAGAAGAAGAGGCCCGACCCAGUCACUUGGCCAGCUUUUCAGCCAGUUAUACCAGUUAUUCAGCCAGUCGUCCAGCCAGUCCUCUAGCCAGUCCUCUACCAAGAAGUCCCUUGGCCAGUCCUCGACUAACAAGAAGUCCAACGAAAAGUCCCCUGGCCAGUCCGUCUGCCUCUGGCCACAGCAGCAACCAAAAGAUUCCAUUUGCUUCCCAUGCCGCCGCCGCCAAUCUCCAGGCUUUUGCCGCCAAUGCAAGAGUCCCCGACUCGCUAAACGUGGAAGAAGAAGACCCCGACUACUUUUAUCGUAGCUUUCUAAGCGGUAGUGAUGCCGCCGCUGUAACAACCACCACCGACAGCGACACUAUGCAGAGUACCUCGGCCAGCAUACCACUAACCUCAUCCUCCUCAAGGUCACCUUCGAAUGGGGCCCUAAAGCCAUCCGCCUUGCCUGCUGCUGCUGCUGCUGCUGCUGCUGCUGCUGGCACCACCAAAAUGUCCAGCGGGCGUAGUACACAUACUAAUCCACCCAGUGCUGCCUCCGGUGCUCGAUCGGGACUCCGCUCAGCAUCGAAUCCCGUUGACGAUCGCCUUGGCGGCAAUGGCAGGCCGGCGCUGCCAACAGAUAACUCGUAUGGGACACAAGGUGGGGCUUCAGAUUACCCACCGAGCGUCAAGGACCUCACCAAGAAGUUCAACCUGUCAGGGACAUCCCACAACAACCUCCCAAGCCAGCGAAGACAACCGAGACCCUCGACCUCGAGACUGUCCUCCACCGCUUCCACUUCCGCUUUCUCCCGUCCAUCUCCCAGUGUCGGCGCCCGAGCUGCCUCCUUUUCGGCACGGUCUAGUAACCCGACGACGACGACGACGACGACGACUUCUUCGACGACAGCGACAGGCACAUCUUCGAUAGCGACAUCGAUACGACUAACGCCGAACAACAGCCCAUCCCAAACAUACGGAUCCCGAUCCAGAAGCAUACCGCGACCGCGACCCAAACUCUCGACCGACGACCGAAUAACGAACCGCAACUCCCAAUCCUUUGCGAACCGAAUCAGCAAGCCUCGGAACACAAACGGACCGGCAUCCAGGUCGCUGCCGCAGCUGUCCCCCACCACCGGAUUGCCGUCACAAUCCUUGUCGCGAUCGAAUGGGCUGCUCUUUGGCGAGAUCCUGCCCGACGAACAAGACUCGGUCACGGCUGGGUUUGGCAUCCAAGGCCACCUAGUAGGGGGUCGUCCCCGGCGGACAUCCGAGUCGAGCAUACAUGACCUCACAAGGCCCGAGAAUAUGGGAGAUAUGGAGCCCUCGUCUCCAACUGACUGGUACCGCGGGGCGGCCUCUGCGCUGCCUGACAGCAACGGAAGCACAAGGGUAGCUAAGAACCACUCUAGAGCCCAUAGCGAUCAAGUGGUCUCCUCGUCCACCAAAACGUCGUCCACCAGCAACACCCGGCCCGGCCGUGGAACAGCGACAGCAAGUAGCAGGCCGACCAACACGGGCCGGACAACCCCUUCCACACCGACCACGCCCCUAUCCUCCACCUCGCGCCUCCCCGUCAUGGUCCACAGAGCUAGUAUUUCUGAAAGCCACGGAAGAAGCACUUCUUCUUCCCCCGCCCAAGCACUAAAAUACGGACAAACCCCUACCAGCGGAAGAUCCUCCCGCCAGCAGCAUGCCUCGAGGGCCAAAACACCUGCCACCCGUUCCAACACCCCUACCACGCCCGCGACCGCAACCGCCAAGCGACCCCAGACCUCGAAUCGAAAAGCCGCCCCGAGUCACAUCGCGACCCCCAGCAGCAGCAGCAGCAGCAGCAACAACGGCCGGCUCAACGCAUAUGUGGCUGUGCCCGCUCCGAAACUAUCUCCCUCGCUGCGAAGCUCGCGACCCCGGCAGUCCGUGGCCACUGCUUCGACCGCGGCUUCCCGGAUGAGAUCCUCGGCCGACCGACCGCCGUCCCCCGACAAGUCGAACCGCCGGGCCGGAUCCAUUCGACGACGAAAGCUGUCCGUAGGACCCAUCGAUUUCGCCCAACGACGAGAGACUAUAAAGCUUGCAUAUACCAAAACCAUCAGAGACCAGCAGGCAAAGGAGGCCAGGGAGGCUGCGGCGGACAAGCGAAAGAAGGACAUGGAGGCUGUCACCCGCGCCAAGGCCAAAGCGGAAGCUGCCGCUCUUGCUGCAUUGCCAUCAAGCAACGAUUCAGUACAUCCAAGAGGCUCAGUGAGUAAGGGGCUUGAAGAGCCUCUCAAGCUUAUUACCAACCUACCCAUAAUACAGACACCGGCUCAACCACCUGCGAGCAAUGGCCGUGAUUCACCGACGUUGGGAAUGCCAGGAGGCUUUGUCGAUAGUGACGACGAGCCCGAUAUUCCAAUACCGCAAUCAGCCAUAUCCGUUGCUACCGCCGUGACAGAGUUCGAAGAGGAAGAGCAAACAGAGGCACCACGGCCCGAGAAUUUCGCAGCGAUUGACUAUGCCUUGGGAAAUAUUGUGAUAGACCAUCAGCCACCAAGUCCACGAACCCUUGAACCGCCAGAACCGACGCCUCCAUUGGCGUCACCUUUGUCAACCAAGAGCAAGCGGUUAUCCUAUCAUUCGCCAUUUGACGACGAUGACGAUGUGGACGAUGACGAUGAUGUGUCUAUCGAGAUUGCGCUGGAUACGUCCGUGCAGCAGCAGCAGCAGCAGCCCUCGCAGCAACAGACGCCGACUCGGGGGCAUUUCACUACCGCCGAGCCAACCACGGUUCCUGCGCAGCAGCCAGAUGCAGACGAAUACGUGCCCCAACCGUAUACAUAUUCAUCGCAAAAUUACGAAACAACGGUCACGAUAUUGGGCCCCGAAAAUGAUUUUAGACCGUUGUACAAGGACCAAGCUCGUGACACGAUGCCUCCAUCCGGUCUGCACCAUGCAGAUGAGCCGCCGCUGCUGAAUGAGACAUUGGGAGCCACCGGCUCUGGGCAUUCACAUUCCCAGCAGCAGCAGCAGCAGCAGCGCGAAGAACCCCGGGUCGAGGUCGAGAACCUGGAGCGCCUCGAGGAUUUUUAUAUUGGUCCGCAUCUACGCGACAACAUUGCCAGCCUGCGGGAUUCGACUUUUACGUUAUCGGACAACGGAGAUCCAUAUGAUGCACACCCCUCCUCCGCAGCAGAGUACCAGCAAACACCUGACAGCUCACACUCCAACAGCCUGGCCGUACCUGCCUACUUGUCACCUGGUAACCGCCUCAGUCAGCAUUCAGCCUGGACUGACUUUUCUUUUGGAAGCGAUGAUCAGAAUGCUGCUCUAGAUAACCAAGAUCCGCGUGAUUCACGGCAGUUCAAGCAGCAAACGGAACCCGAGGCACCCGUGUCGUAUAAUAACUUUGACAGGAAUCGGUCGAGCUUACGGCGUCCACAACAACCAAGUCCGGAACUAUCACCGCUUGAUAAGCCGCCACGAGCGUCUUCAUCCUCCAUGCUGGCCGACAAGGUCGACCCGCGGCAAUCAUCAGAAUUUGAUAGGGACAAUUCUGCUGCCCCCCAAAGGAGGAUACUACUAGUGUCGCAUCAGACGGCCCCUGCCCGCCCAGCAGCAAAUAACUAUGAUGAUUUGGACGAGAGCACCUACGAAGUGCUCUCCCGGCCCAACAGUUAUCCACAUACACAGGAUGAAGAGGAGUUUGGAACUGCCAUCAUCUCCUCUCCACCAUCAGCCGGUCAAUUUUCUUUCGAGCCAGUUGAUCAAAGGUCACACCUCUCCCGUACCGAAAGCAACAUCACAUCGUCACAACCAACAGAUAACUUGACACAGGAGCAGAAACGACUCCGGCAACGGCAGCUGGUCAUCCGUGAGCUGAUCGAUACCGAAGAGAUCUUUGUUCGGGAUAUGAGCGUUGUGGAGGAGAUUUACAAGGGCACAGCAGAGGCAUGUCCCCAACUUGAUUCCAAGACGAUCAAGCUUAUUUUCCGGAAUACCGACGACAUCAUUGCCUUCCACGCUACGUUCCUCGCUCAGCUCAGGGAUGGGGCCGCGAGUGUCUAUCAACCCAAGGGCAGAAAGUCGCCUACCUUUGCACAUGAGGCGUCAUUGAAGGACUCGGACACGACAACUCUUGCGUCUACCAACUCCGGCAGCACCAUGAACAACAAGCAGGAAUUGGAUAAUGAUAAGGAUCGUCAGACCAGUCUCGGACCACUCUUCACCAAGAACAUUGACCAGCUCAAGGAUGUCCACGAAGUCUAUCUCCGAACCAGUGAUCUUUCCGCCAAACGUCUGAUCCAGAUCCAGGAGGAUGAUGCCGUCAAGGUGUGGCUGAACGAAUGCAGCGAGGGUGCCAGGGAACUGACAGCAGCCUGGAGUUUGGAUUCCCUUUUGAUCAAGCCGAUGCAGAGGUUGACCAAGUACCCUGAUAUCAUUGCUCAUCUUCUCAAGUACACCCCGGAAGAUCAUCCCGAUCGAGAUGCACUGGUCAACGCCAAGUCGACAGUGAUCAGCGCCAUUGAUGAGAUCAACAGGACCAAGAGGAAUUUUGAGCUUGUGGGCCAGAUCGUUGGCAACAGGAAGCGCAAGGACUCGGAUGUCCGAGCUGGUCUAGCCAGGGCCUUUGGCAAGCGUGUCGAUAAGCUACAAGGAGGAGCAAGCAACAGGGCACCAGAAGACGAAGAAUACGCCAAACUUCACGAGAGGUUCGGUGACGAGUUCCUCCGUCUGCAAGUGGUGCUUCGCGAUGUCGAGUUCUACACCCGAAGCGCCUCCACCUACGUCCACGAAUUCCUUCAAUACGUAACCGCUAUGGAGCUGGUUAUGCGCCUGCAACCAUCGAGAGAUUACGCCCACCUUGAAAGCCGAUGGGUCCAGUUUAGUGUCUCAAUGAGGGACAUGGAGAAGGUCCUGGACAAACAUCUAGUUGACGUCCGAAAACACGUUAUCGAGCCGUUUGAGCAGGUCAUCAAAUGCUACCAAAAUCCUGGACUGGCCAUCAAGAAGCGAGCGAAGCGCCGUCUUGACUACGAGCGCUACAUGCAGCUCAAAGCCAACAGCAAGAAGAUCGACAAGACCCUCGCCGAGGCCGUUGAGCAGUACGAAGCCCUCGACGAUACUCUCAAGAAGGAGCUGCCCAAGCUUUCUGCCCUGACCGCUGAGAUUGGCAAUAUUUGCUUGGCCAAGUUUGUCAACAUCCAGGCGGCAUGGUACUCCACCUGGAAAGAAAAAGUCAAGUCCCCCCUCGCCGACCUCGACCACGUCCCCGAUCUGCCAGAGAUUGUCAAGUCCUUCCAGCGGGAUUUCACCGAGCAAGUCGAGAGAGCAGGACAGCUCGCCAUUCUCAACCCCGUUUCGCUGAGAGGUAGGACUUCUCAGUCGACGUCGGAUGACAUUGGCUCCGGCUCUGUUCUGUCCAAGACUCGAUCCCGUCCUUCCGAGUUGCUCACGCCUAGAGGUCGUGGUCUGUCUAUCAACAGCGAUCAUGUUCCGUCUCUGCCGACUCCUGAUGUGUCAGGAAGAUUUGACCUCUCCCCUACCGGUACUGGUUCGGGGCUACCGAGUCCGGGGCAAUAUUAUCGAGAUUUCUACUCGGGCUUGUCCAACGGCCAUCACUCGAGAGGCAACUCUACUGCCCCGCUCAGUCCGGAUCCCUCGUCGUCUUCGGCGCCGAGAUCGGUACCUGCUACGCACGCUACUUCGACCACUGGUGGUUAUUCCACUCGUCCGACAACUGGUCGCAGUUUCGACUCCGGUAGUUUACCUCGUCAAUCCACCGAUUCCUACUCAGCCCAAUCCGCCUCCGGCACUCACCACACCAGCCAUAGUCACGGAGUCGCACACUCAGGCCACACCCUCUCCCGCCGCGGGUCCUACACUUCCUCCCACCACAACUACGCCACCAGCGAACCCCGUCGUCAGUCCGGUCUCUUCCACUCUGCUUUGCCGAUGGAUGACGCAGAUGAAGUCGAUGAGCACCCUGAGCCGGAAGCUGGGCCUAGUGGUAGUAAUUAUCAUGAGGUGCAAACAUCGUCGGGUGGUGCGGGCAUGUUCAUCUCGGCGGAAGCUGCGGCCGAGGCGAAUGUCAUGUGGUUAGCUGCUAGUCUUUUUGAGUUUAAUAUCGAGACUACGAAGCAUGAGGGGGGCUAUCCUUAUUUGACUUAUCAAGCUGGGGAGAUCUUCGACGUAGUAGCCGAAAAGGGAGAGCUCUGGCUGGCCAAAAACCAAGACGACUCCGUGAACGUCAUCGGCUGGAUCUGGAGCAAGCAUUUCGCCAAGCUGGCGGAGUAGCAAGUCGCUGGUUUUGAGGCGAUGAUUGCUAAUGCUCGGGGGAGGGCGGAGAGGGCGAAGAGGGGGAGG